ACAAAAGAGUUUGGGUAUGCUACCUUGAGGCAUCACCUCAUGUAAGCAGAGCCAUAACCCCGCAACGAUACCGGUACUUUUUUUUUCUUUGCUUGGGGGUGACUCGUUUGUGGGUUGUUACCCUAUUAAUGUCUGUCARCAUUUGAAUGACGAAUUGUUUAAUUAGCUCAACAAGUAGUUUGUUGCCAGGAGACACUUUCUUUCUCCGUGUGGUCUUGACAUACACAGACCUUGCAACAUCAAGAUGUGGAAGGGAAAAGGUGUUAUCAUUCUAUGCUGUGUAAUAGCAGUUGCCGGCAUUGCGUGUCUUAUAGCUGGAAUUGUAUUGAUCAAGAAACCCAUUGGUUGUGAUGACAAGAGACCUUCGAAGAAGAUGAAGUGCGCGUACUCGCACGAGGCGGAACGAGUUGGUCUUGCAGAAUUUUUCCAAAAGGUACAAGAUGCUUACUUUGAGGUUCACCCAGAGUACAUAAGUAGCAAACCUGGARCUACAGCUAAACAAAUUCGCGAUCAUUACGUGCCAUACRACCCAUCGCCUGAGAGACUGAAGCGAAUCACGGAAAAAUCCGUUGAGCUGCUUCGAGAACUUCAAGGAAAGACGAUUGAUAAACAUAAUCUGAAGCCACGCGAGAGAAAGGGUCUYGCRCAGAUGUUUCAUUUCCUGAAGUCGACGUUUGGUUCCCCYACCGCUGUAAACUAUUACUCAGGAGACUUUCUCCUUGGGCCGAGUAUGUUCUGURGGGAACCAUUUUGUUACGUAAUGCCAAAUAUUAUCAACACGAUCAAUCAAUUUAAACUUUUUACUGUUGAAGAUGUUGACAAUUUAUUAAAGAAAAUUGAGCUUGUGAAUCAUACGUUUACCCAAUACAAAGCUAAUUUGAUUUACGGUGUCGGCGCUGGUAUGGUAAGGUCCACACAGCCCUGUCAAGUCGGCGUCGAUAGUUUACUUGCAAGGCUGGGAUACAAAGACGAACAACCGAUCGAUAUAGCGCAAGGUUUCAUCGGCAAGGUCAUCGCGAUUACUGCUGGUAUCAGCCCUGAAAWCCAACAAAAGUGGGUUGACAAGUCAGGAAAGUCGGUCAAUGACUCGAUAUAUAACCACGUCCUAAAGUAUGUCGGGAAACCACUUUACGAACUUGUCACGUAUCUAAAGACUACAUAUCUUUACCAUUGCGUCCCGAGUGAUGUGUCCAGYGGACUGGCAACUCUUCCCAUAUCACACAUUUACCUAAACAAGACAAAGACAGCCGAGAAAACCUACCCUUUCCUGCCUGAUGGAACUCCGCUGAAUGGCUCGCGGGCCUAUCAGACACAUAUUUUGCCCUUCUACACCACGACGAGCAUAUCGCCAGACGAAGUGAAUAGGUUGGGUCAUGAAAUGGUAGCAAAACUCUACUCACAGAUUCUUGAACUGGCCAGAGAAYAUACCAACAAGACAAAUAAUGAUACAGCUACAGAUGCGUUCAAACAGAAACUAAAUGCAUCAAGCAUGUACUAUGCAAACAGUAAGGAUAUCCCUGAAAUCGAAUCGAAUGGAACAGCUUUUGUUAGGUGUAAAAGUGUACAAGGUGCAAAGAAACAUUGUCCAAUUCGGUGGGAAAUCAUUCAAAGAUGGUUUGACGAUGUUAACAAGAUAAUGAGCUCUCUUGACGGAGAGACUGUAAAUUUGUUCCACUUCGUUGGUCCUAUGCAUACMACACCAAAUUGUCCAGUACAACCAAAGCCCAAUUUCAAUCAAAACAUGGGGGUGCCCAGUUACCGGCCCUCAUCGAGAACAUGCGCUUACACUGCGUCAUAUUUCAUACCAUUCUUUCUUACUCGACCUGGUCCGAAGUUUACGCAGUUGAGCGUGAAUUCUCAUGAAGCAAGACCUGGACACCACACCCAGGUCCAAGGAAGUAUAGAACACUUCAGGGAUUCCUGUGGUGGUGUGAUUGGCUGGGUCGAUGGUAUCACUUGGUACACGGCUUUCGCCGAGGGGUGGGGUCUUUACGCCGAGGACCCACUAAUCGGAUCAGAUACAGAUGUUUACAAAGACAAACCGCUGCAAAAGUAUGGCAUGCUCAGGGGACAGCUAUGGCGAGCGCUCCGUUUAGUUGUAGAUACUGGUUURCAUUUCAAGAAAAUGCCCCGACAAGAAGCUUUAAAAUACUUUAAGGAUUACAUAUGGGAAGAAAACGAUGUUGUCGAAAAGGAAAUCACUCGUUAUCAGACCACUCCAGGGCAAGCUACCACGUACACUAUUGGUCAGCUGCAUCUCAUAAAACUGCGUGCGCACGCUCGAAAAGAAUUGGGCGCGAAAUUCAAUCUGAAGGACUUUCAUUAUUAUCUUUUAAAAGAUGGCAGUGCUCCACUCGACUUUUUGACAGAGAGUAUUGAAGACUACAUAAGAUGUACAAAGGAUAACAAAGGAAGUGGUUGUGAAUACGUGUUGCCGACAGAAGAAGAUUCAGAUACAGUAACCAUGGAUACAGUAACCAUGGAUACAGUAACCAUGGAUAAUGCCGUAGAAUUUGAGAAUGCCAUGAUGGAGAGAUAUUAUUAACGACUGUUUUAGUUUUACUGGCUACAAAAAUGUUCACAUUCCCGAUGAUGACGACCGAUAUAAUGGUUGUUGAUAGGUUUUUUUUCUAGUGUUUUACCUUGUAAAUAAAGUUCCUCUGCGGUUUUGAUGUUACUAUUCAGGCACUCUUCUCAUUAGAAAGGCUCCAGGCUCGUACUCACUAUAAACAUAUUACACCUGUAUAGCUCAGUCAAACUCUUUAA